AUUCUAAGCUACGCUGCAAGAUGUCAGUCCCUAUUUUGUGAUGCAAACAUGAAUAGUUCCGGCUCAUGUUGGCCAGGCAUGGUUGUAGGACCAUGCUUCGCGAUGGGGCCGCGAAACAUAUUCUUUUUCCGCGAAGAAGGGCCAUUCCAGGAUGAAGAAUGUUGAUCAACCACCAUAUAUAUAUAUGUAUACUAUUUACCAUUAUAUACACUCACAUAUUGCCUUUGGAUUUUUGUCCUUGGUGAGUGGAAACAUCCCCGUCAGAUCGCCUAGGCAAGACUAUUGCUACGCUCAAGUGCGAGUGCCAAUGAUUCUGAUGCAAAAGGCGUCACAGCCUUGCACAUCGCAGUCUUUGAUGGGAAUGCUGAGCUUUGCAAGGUCCUCCUCAACUCAAAGGCGGAUGUGGAUGCAGCAGACCGACAUAGACAGACACCUUUGUUCUUUGCGCCUUCCAAGGAAAUUUGCCGCUUGCUCGUGGAACGCAGGGCAGAGGCCGGCGUCCUGAACCGGAAGGGGCAGAGUGCUUUGCAUUUGGCUGGGCGCGCUGGCUUUCAUGAUGUUCUGAGUUGGCUUUCCUCCCGGGUUGGCAAACCGAUAGUUGAACUUCGUGACCACCAUGGCAACACUGCGCAAAUGUAUGUCCAACAGGCGCUAGCUGCAAGUCUUGCUCAAGCGCCUCAUGGUGAGGAUCAGGUUGGAGCAACUGUCGUGGAGGCUCCUGCUGGUGAGCCACAGCCAUCAGCCGUGCAUGCAGUUGGAACUGCACAAGCUGCGCAUCAAGAGUUCAACAUCUUCCAGGAGCCAGAAGAAUAUUCGAUUGCCACAGGAACCAAUACAACACCCCUUGCAAGGCAUCGUGGGGAAGACGAUUGCCAUGGAAGCUUGGAGCAAUCUGGCGAAGGUAUUUCCGCAGUUUCCUUUGAUAAGAUCGCGGCCGCUGCUGCUCCUGCAACAACUUGGGCAGCAGAUGGCAUGAUUGACACACCUGUGGCGGAGCCUUAGCCUGCUGAAGUGGAGAGGGUUUCCACGACUCAGACGCAGCCAAACGAUCCACAGAUGCAGGAGUUGGAGCUCUUAAAGCCAAAGAUGCAAGAGCAACAUCGACUAGAAGAGGUUCUAGAUGAGUGCUGGUGAGGCAUUUGAGAAGUUAAUGGUUUUGUCGUGCGCGACUUGUUGUGACGGGCAGAGUUAAGGGAUUGCAGCGCAGGGAUUGCACACUGGGAAUGAUCUGCCUUGGAGCCUGGGUAGCCAAAUCGCAGCAAGACGUGGCGGGACCUUGUGGGGCAGCCGAUGGCAGCCGGGUCCGAAGGAUGCCAGGCUGCAGAGACUUCCUUCACAGAGAACUUUUCAGAUUGUCCUCGGACAGUGAGGCUUGGGAAAAAUGCAGCAUGGAGAGUUGACAUUCGUGGAUGUCCCACAUCUGUCAGAAUUUUAAAGGGAGGAUGCUUGUCGCUCGAGUUCAUGCCUCCAGCCAAAUCAAACCAACUAAACCAAUGGCCAAUCAAAGACCCUAUAUAGUCAAACAAAUGCAUGCUAAAUGCAAGAAAGUUCGGGCCACAGACUGUGGAAUUAUAACUCCCUUAUUUCUGGAGGGCGGGGGACUGUGGGCG